UCUUCAGUCUGUUAGUCUGUCUGUCCGUGUGUUUGGUUUGUUCCUCUUUCACUGUGGAUUAGUAACUCACGCCACGCUGUUAUUUUGCCUGCAGCUUGCCUGAGGUGAAAGAACGCUGGUUGGAUACUCUUCACAGGAAAAUAAAAGCAGCAACAGAGAGGGCAGGUUCUAUCACACCCCUCCCAAGUGUUCUGAUGAAGGUGCUGAGCAACAGUAUCACAGCUAAAACUCUAACAGGAAGUGGCAUGGACCCGUUUAUCGAGUUUCCCCUUGAUGGCGGCACAAAGAUCCCCACACUGCCCAGGGAGUUGUGUAAUGCAAAAGCAACGCAGCCCAUUGAAAAGGGCGGCAACAGUAAGAGAAGCAUCAGCAUCUUGAGGAAAUUGAAGAGGAGUUCCACCCUCAACAGCAUGUCCUCCUGUCCAGACACAGACUCCAAGAGCCAACUGUUUGGACAGCCUCUCUCCAAGAUCUGCCCAGAGGAUGGGAUGCUUCCCAAGCCCAUCACAGAGAUAUUGGUGCUUCUGUGGAAGAAAGGCCCCUCCACAGAGGGGGUGUUCAGGACGACAUGCAACAGUAAGACCCUGAAGGCCAUCAGGGAGCAGCUCAACAGUGGGACGGAGGUGGAGAUGGAUGCCCUGCCCGUGGUUCUCCUGGUGGGUCUACUCAAGCGUUUUCUGAACGAGCUCCCGGGACGCCUGCUAGUGUCGGAGCUGUUUGAGACCUGGAUGAAGGCCCUGGAGAUUGAGGAUGUCCACCAGAGCGGCUUGCGGCUCAAGAGGGUGGUUGACAAGCUACCAGGGCCUAACAUCCUGCUGCUGCGGAACCUUCUGUGUGUGUUCCACCACAUCACAAAGAGCAGGCACAACAUGAUGGACGCCAAUAAUUUGGCGGUGUGCAUCGCUCCCACUCUGCUGCGGAAGGACGACAUGUCCUUAGACGUGCAGACCGUGGACAAGGUGGUAAAGCUGACAAGGUUCCUGAUAGAGCAUUGCAGUGAGAUCUUUGGACAAGACAUCCUGAGCCUUUUGGGGGAUCCCGAUGAAGAUAGCUCAGAAUCUGUGUCGUCACAGCGGCACGACUCUGCGUAUGACAGCACCGACCCGGACUCUGAGGGGGACAGCAUGGGGUCCAUGCAGGGAGAGGGGGAAAGUGGCAGCUCGUCCUCAUCUCUCCUCUCCGCGUGCGGGAUGGAACGUGGCACUGUCCCCUCCUGCACUACCAACGCCAGCUUCCACACCWUCACCAACAAGACGCCCUUUAACCGCCGCUGCUCAGAGCCAAUCAUCUUCCCCUCUAAUGACAAAAGGAACCUGGCCCGUAGCCAUGACGACUUCUCCGUGGAGGCCCGGGACUUUGAGGAGCAGCCACUCAAAAAGCAGAUCUCUAAUGACUCCUUCCUGCUCCCGGGGCAUGGUGCCGCUACCAGGCCUGCCGCCACGCUGUCCCUUCCCAAACUCGGUGGCAGCCAUCCGUCAUGCUCGUCAUCCUGUUCCCUGGAGAGCACCACCUCCAACGCAUCGGAGGGCUCUGUGUUUACCAGCUCGCCGCUGGCCUCCCCGGGCUGCCCACGCAGGGCCCAGUCCACACAUCCGAGGGCAGACACGAUGGAAGUGGCCAAGCGACGCACACAGUCCAUGAAGAUGAACAGCAAAGCCCCGAUGACGACCAAGAGCCUGGGAACCUUCGCCCGAAUCAGUCUGAAGAAAGGCCACAUCCAGAAGGAGAAACCUUUCCCCUGUGGAACCCUCCAGGAGGACUCCCAGAGUGAGGCAGAGGCCCCUCUCAGGCAGAAGUAUCCCCUGUCUGCCAUGGAGCCCUUCCAGCAGGUGGAUAGCAGACUGCCAUCGCAGCCCCCCUCGUACGAGCAGGCAGUCCAGAGUGUGGCUCAGCUCACCCUGUCACAUUACGGCUCCAUGACUGUCAAAGCCGCAGCCGCCACUCUUAGCAGGAAUUCCCGCCCAGCCUCUAUGAACGCAAACUUCAUGUACUCCUGUACCGUCAAUCAAUACACAGACUGCUUCUCUCAGGGGACAGACAGUGAUGAUGUCACCGCAGUCCAACAACAUUCCGGCGGGUUCCGCCAGCGAGCGAUGUCUGAGUCUGUGUCGAGAGCACGCCAUGAGACCAUGUCACACCAUGAGACUGUGUCACGGAGGUGCAGCCAGCCCGUGUUCCAGGACUAUUCUUACGCCAAGGAGUCCUACGUUUAAGGACCUUUUUCUGACAUGAUAUCUCACUUUUCACUUUGAAUGUACACAAACUAUAAUGUACAACUGCUAGGUUGAACUUGCUGAGUAGUACUGUUUAGAGUACAGAAGGAAAGAUAUUUUACCUGAAAAGCUAUUAAUGAAGGUAGAUACUCUAGUGUAUCUACAUAAAAGCUAUGUAAAUAAUCACAAUCUGAAUCUGCAGGUAUUUUGGAUAUAUCUCCUCCAGUUUUACUUUUGUUAAUAUACUGAUAUGUACUGUACAUAAAUGUGUAACUUUGUGAAAAUGUGUGUAUUUUUGUGUCUUGACUCUACAACAUAUUUCCUUCCACUACAAUAAAGCACCUUUAUGUUA